UUUUAAUUGACACAUUGACGAUAUAAAGGUCAAAGUUUUUAUUGGAACUCCAUCAGUUGCGGACCGUUCCUUAUACAUACAAGCAGACCACAUUGAAGUCGCAACGAGGAAAUCGUACAAAAUGAAGUCCGGUGUCAUUUAUUUGUUGUGUAUUGUUUUUAUCAUUGGAUUUACCUAUGCAGGAGCCAAUCCUGCUGAAUGUUCUGAAGGAGAAACCAAACAGGAAGAGUGCAACCAGUGCCAUUGUGCUAAUGGUAUUUGGGCGUGCACUAGAAAAUUCUGUUUAAAGAAACGAGAAGCCAAUCCUGCUGAAUGUUCAGAAGGAGAAACCAAGCAGGAGGAGUGCAACCAGUGUCAUUGUGCAAAUGGUAUUUGGGCUUGCACCAGAAAAUUCUGUUUAAAGAAACGUGAAGCCAAUCCUGCUGAGUGUUCCGAAGGAGAAACUAAACAACAAGAUUGUAACACUUGCCGUUGUGCUAAUGGUAUUUGGGCAUGUUCCCGAAAAUUCUGUUUAAAGAAACGAGCAGCAAAUCCCGCUGAAUGUACUGAAGGGGAAACCAAACAGGAAGAUUGCAAUAAAUGUCAUUGUGUUAAUGGUAUUUGGGCUUGUACUAGAAAAUUUUGUUUAACAAAACGCGAAGCCAAUCCUGCUGAAUGUUCCGAAGGGCAAACCAAACAGGAAGAUUGUAACACUUGUCGUUGUACUAAUGGCAUUUGGUCUUGUUCCAGAAAAUUCUGUUUAAAGAAACGAGAAGCCAGUCCUGCUGAGUGUUUCGAAGGACAAACUAAGCAGGAAGAUUGCAACCAGUGUCAUUGUGCUAAUGGUAUUUGGGCUUGCACAAGAAAAUUCUGUGUAUCGAAACGUGAAGCCAAUCCUGCUGAAUGUUCCGAAGGGCAAACCAAACAGGAAAAUUGCAACCAAUGCCAUUGUGCUAAGGGCAUUUGGGCCUGUACCAGAAAAUUCUGUUUAACGAAACGUGAAGCCAUUCCUGCUGAAUGUUCCGAAGGGCAGACCAAACAGGAAGAUUGCAACCAGUGCCACUGUGCUAAUGGUAUUUGGGCAUGCACCAGAAAAUUUUGUUUAUCGAAACGUGAAGAACCGACCAAAUGCAUAGAAGGACAAACCAAAAAAGUUGACUGUAACGAUUGUCAUUGUACCAAUGGCGAAUGGGGUUGUACAGAAAAACUUUGCGAUAGCAGUCAUCCAGUGUUGCAAUACGAGUGCACAGCAGGCCAAAGCAAAAUGCAGGACUGCAACAGAUGUUUCUGUUCUGGUGGUAGAUGGGCUUGUACUCUACUGUUGUGUCCUAAACAUCCUAUCAAGAGACAAGUUAUUGGCACAGACCAAGAAUCAGCAGUGAGCAGAGAAAAGAGAGAGGUGCCAGUGGCAGCGGACUUAAAAAACACACCCUGUGCCCCCAACGACUACUUUAUGAUCGACUGUAACACCUGUUACUGUAAUCUGGAGCACACCGGUUAUCUCUGCACCGAAAACUACUGCAGAGACGGUGACGCGCUCUUGGACCCCACUAAAACGUCCGAGAUCCGUCUUUCGAACGACACCAGGGUUGUCAUCACCAACGGAGACGUGAAGCUGGUGCGCGACAACGAAACUGAACCGGAAAUCGACAAUAACCUGAGUGUGAGGGUUGGAAAGAGCAAGGAUCUGGGAGCCGAGCCUGUGAAAAAAUCAACAGACGAACAAAAAAUUACUGAUGCGACAACGAUAGCUGCGAAAAUCAGUGAAGCGGUCGAAGCUAAGGUUGUAGCUAACACUGGAGAUAAAUCUUCAAACGCCACCGUUUAAAACGGCUGGGUGACACAAGAAUUCAGAUGUCAGCCGGAACAAACCUUCCAGAAAGACUGCAACCAAUGUAUCUGUACAAAAGACGGGAAGAAUGCGAUCUGCACACAAAAAUUGUGCAACGGUCCAAAAAUCGACACCAAACCACAAACAUUGUAAAACUUGCUAUUGGUGUUACGUUCCAUUAUUUUUAUUAUUAUUAUUAAAAUUAUUUUUGCUGUCUGUA